AUGGGCUCAGUACCUCACCGUUUAUUAUGUUCAUGGCAUGUAGAUAGAGCUUGGAGACAAAACAUUUGCAAGAUAACUGGACCUACACGCAAAGAAAAACAAGGAAUUAUAUAUAAAACUCUAAAAGUUCUUCAAUCAAUGUGUGAUGAAAAUGAAUUUAAUAAUGCUUUAAAAGAAUUUAACCUUGAGCUAAUGAAUGAUCCAGACACUAGAGACUUUGGCAUAUAUUUUGAUCGCAUGUAUGGCAAUAGAGUUGGUUUGUGGGCAUAUUGCCAUCGAAAAGGUCUAGGUAUAAAUUGUAAUAUGCAUCUAGAAUCUAUGCACAAAACAAUAAAAUAUCAUUAUUUAAAUGGUUGCAAAGUUGGGCGGUUAGAUAAAAGUAUAACAACUAUUAGAAGAUAUACCCGUGAUAAAAAAGUUGAAAGAAUUAUAAAAUUAACUAAGGGAAAAACAAGUACAAGGAUUCAGGAAAUAAAAAAAAGACACAAUAAAAGUACAUUACUUGAACUUACAAUCAAUCUGGAUAGUGAGAAUAACUGGAGUGUUGAAAGUGAAUUUACACCAAGUCAGUUUUAUAAAAUAAAAAAAAAUAAUGAUGAUGUAUGUUGUCCAAUGAUAUGUUCUAUUUGUAAGUUGUGUGUUCACACAUUUCAAUGUUCUUGUCCUGAUUACCAAAUCAAGUCUAUGAUAUGUAAGCACAUACAUUAUGUUGCUCUGAAGACAAUGUCAACAGAAAAUUCUGAAGAUAUUGCUAUUUUGUCAGCAGCAGAUACAGAAAAUAUAAAUUUUGAUGCAACUUCAAACAAAGAUGAUGAAAUACAAGCCAUUAGUCUAGCCAAUAAAAUAAACAAUAUAAAAAACAGUGAACAUCUUAAACAAGCAUUAAAACAAUUAAACUCUUUAGAAGCAUUCAUUGAUGCAACAUCAAAUAAUGACGAGACACAUGAAGAUUUUAGUAAGAUAGUAAAUGAACCACCAAAUAAAAAACUUAAAACUCAAGACACAUUCUUCUCUACAAAAAAAAAAAAACAGGAAAAACCUAACGAAUUAAUAAAACCAACGAGAGUUGAAACUGAACAGCUCAAUACUAUACUACUAAAAAAAAAAAAAUAUAUUUUAAGUUGUGACGAAACUGAACAUUCUUAUUUUAAGAAGUAA